AUUAUACGUAGAUUUAUUUAUUUAAGCAGCCGGCUCUCUAAUAAUAACAUUCAAUGUAAUUUGACACUAGGAUUUGGAGAGUUGAGCAACUGUUUGAGGAUGUUCCGAGUGCGUGUGCGCAACAUAGCCCAUCCAGGUAUACGGCAGUUCAUCUUGCGGACUGCCGUUCUAAAUUAUUUGGGCAAGUUGUUGCAGCUACAGUGGGACGACUGGCAGAAUCAGCGCAUGCACUUGCGUACGCUACAGCACGAGGGGCUUAAAACGAAGGAUUCCGCUGCUGUGGAUGAGCCAACAGCAGAAGCUCUUUUGGACGCGGCUCGAGAUAAUUUGUCUCAGGCAAUCGAUGAUCUACGCAAGAAGGUCGCUGGCACGCACAAGCUGCUUCAGCGUGAAUACAAUGAACUCUUUACAUACAUGAUGGACAAGCGUGAUCUGUGGGACAGUCCCGAGUAUUUCAAAGCAAAAACAGCCCUGGGGACGGCAAAUCACAAUCUGAGAAUGUAUAUGAGCGCAGAUAAAUGAACAGAAAAACAGUUGCCAACAAACAAUAUUUCUAUUUGUAUAAAUAAAUUUUUAGCAACAGAUCUAUUAACUAG